AUGAGUUGCAGACAGAUAUCCUCAUCUUGGAGCCGGAGCAGCAGCGGUGGCUAUGGAGGAGGAGGGGGAGGAGGAGGCAGCAUGCGCUCUUCCUUCAGUCGCUCCUCCAGGGCCGGAGGAGGAGGGGGUCGCUUUAGCUCUUCCAGUGGCAUUCAUGUGGGUGGCCAUUCGGCCUGUGGAGUUGGUGGCAGUUUUGGUUCUGGCUAUGGUGGAGGAUAUGGAGGCGGUUUUAGUUCAGGGAGUUCCAGCAAUAUGUUCAGCGGAGGCUCUGGAGGGGGCCUUGGAGGUGGCUUUGGAGGUGGCCUUGGCGGUGGCUUUGGGGGAGGCUCUGGAGGUGGCUUUGGGGGUGGCUUUGGUGGAGGCUCUGGAGGUGGUGAAGGUGGUAUUCUGAACACCAAUGAGAAGACAGUCAUGCAGAAUCUCAAUUCCCGUCUGGCCACCUACAUGGAUAAAGUACAGCAAUUGGAGAGUGACAAUACCUCCCUGGAGAGGCAGAUCCAGGAAUGGUAUUCAAAGAAGGGGUCCAAACCCUUCCAGAAGGACUACUCCAAGUACUACGACACUAUUGAAGACCUGAAAGACAGCAUUGUGGAUCUCACAGUGAGGAGCAACAAAACACUCCUGGACCUGGACAAUACUCGCAUGACUAUGGAUGACUUCAGGGUUAAGUUUGAGAUGGAGCAGACCCUGCGCCAAGGGGUGGAAGCUGAUAUUAACGGCCUGCAGAAGGUGCUGGAUAGUCUGAAGAUGGAGAAAUCUGACCUGGAGAUACAGCUUGAUGGUCUGGAGGAUGAGCUGAAGGCCAUUAAGAAGAACCACUGGGAGGAGAUGAGCCAGAUGACGGGCCAGAAUGAUGGAGAUGUUAACGUGGAGAUAAAUGUCGCUCCUAGCACAGAUCUUACUCAGAUCCUCAAUGCCAUGCGUGAGGAGUACGAGCAGCUCAUUUCUAAGAACCGCCAGGACAUUGAGCAGCACUAUGAAUCCAAGAUGACCCAGAUUGAACAAGAAGUGACAAUUAGCGGCCAAGAGAUGGAGAAAAACACAAAGGAAGUGUCCCAGCUCCAGCGCAACAUCCAAGAGUUGAACAUUGAUCUACAGACACAGCUUACCAUGAAAUCGGCCCUGGAACAGGCUUUGGAAGACACGAAGAACCGCUAUGUCAUCCAGCUGCAGCAGGUCCAGGAGCAGAUCAGGGAGCUGGAGGCCCAGCUUGCUGAGGUCCGGGCAGAAACCGAGUGCCAGAACCAAGAAUACAGCAUUCUGCUCAGCAUCAAGACACGGCUGGAGAAAGAAAUUGAGACCUACCACAACCUCCUUGAAGGCGGCCAGCAAGACUUUGAAUCGUCUGGAGCUGGACAAAUUGGCUUUGAAAGUGGCAAAGGAAGACAAGGAGGAAGAGGAAGUGGAGGCAGCCAUGGUGGAGGAAGUGGAGGCAGCUAUGGUGGAGGAAGUGGAGGUAGCUAUGGAGGAAGUGGUGGCAGCCAUGGUGGAAAAAGUGGAGGCACCCAUGGAGGAGGAAGUAGAGGUAGCCAUGGAGGAGGAAGUGGGGGCAGCUAUGGUGGAGGAAGUGGGGGCAGCUAUGGUGGAGGAAGUGGAGGUAGCUACGGAGGAAGUGAGGGCAGCCAUGGUGGAAAAAGUGGAGGCAGCUAUGGAGGAGGAAGCAGUUCUGGGGGAGGAAGUGGAGGCAGCUAUGGUGGAGGAAGUGGGGGCAGCUAUGGUGGAGGAAGUGGGGGCAGCUAUGGUGGAGGAAGUGGAGGCAGUUAUGGAGGAGGAAGUAGUUCAGGAGGAGGAAGUGGAGGCAGUUAUGGAGGAGGAAGUGGGGGCAGCCAUGGUGGAAAAAGAGGAGGAAGUGGAGGCAGCUAUGGUGGAGGAAGUAGUUCAGGAGGAGGAAGUGGAGGCAGCUAUGGUGGAGGAAGUAGUUCAGGAGGAGGAAGUGGAGGCAGCUAUGGUGGAGGAAACAGAAGGCCAUCUCAGUCCCAGUCCUCAAAAUCUAUCGACUGUGAUGAUGAAUCACAAGGCCACCAGAUGCGAUACUAG